AUGGGAACCCAGAAUGCAACCUCCAUCACUGAGUUCCAGCUCUUGGGGUUCCGGAGCCUCCUGGAAUGGCAAGCCCUCCUCUUUGCUGUCUUCCUGAGCAUCUACCUCCUCACCAUCACUGGGAACAUGGUCAUCAUCGCCAUGGUGAGCCAGGACCUGCGCCUGCAAGCACCCAUGUUCAUAUUCCUCAAGCACCUGUCCCUCCUGGAGAUCCUGUACACCUCCACCAUCGUGCCACGGCUCCUGGCCAACCUCGCCUCCUGGGGCCACGCCAUCUCCUUCUCCGCCUGCAUGGUGCAGCUCUACUUCUUUGUGUUCUUCGGGGCCACAGAGUGCUUCCUGCUGGCUGCGAUGGCCUAUGACCGCUACCUGGCCAUCUGCAGCCCGCUGCGCUACUCCUCCCUCAUGAGUGCAGAUGCCUGCACCCGGCUGGCGGCUCUCUGCUGGCUCGCAGGCAUGGGCACUGGCUUCCUGCCUUCCCUCACAAUCUGCACGCUGGACUUCUGUGGGCCCAACCAGAUCGACCACUUCUUCUGCGACCUGCCCCCGCUGAUGCAGCUCUCCUGCUCCAGCGUCUACUCCACAGAGCUGCUCAUCUUCGUGCUCUCUGUCGCAGUGCUGUGCGUUUGCUUCUUCCUGAUGCUCGCGUCCUACAUCUCCAUCGUGACCUCCAUCCUGAGGGUCCCGUCAGCGGCGGGCCGCACCAAGGCCUUCUCUACCUGUGGCUCCCACCUGGCGGUUGUCACCAUCUACUACGGGACCAUGAUCUCCGUGUAUGUGCGUCCUGACGUGCACCUGUCCCCUGAAGCCAACAAGGUCAUCUCCGUCUUCUACACCGUUGUCACUCCGCUGCUGAACCCUGUUAUCUACAGCUUGAGGAACAGAGACUUCAAACGGGCUGUGAGAACAGCAAUGCGAAGGCAGUGCAGCAGCCACAGGGUGAGGGUGAAGGGAGGGGUCCUCAUCUGA